AUGAGGCCAGAAAUACGCGCCAAAGUCAUUGGGACAGUACGACCAGCCUACGUACCAGGCCAGUCGUUUUUCCCGACUACCCUUGACGAGAAUUUGACUGUCGCUUUACCGCCAGGGCCACCAACCCACUCGGAAGACGCCAUCAACAAGCGUGGAGAAGACGCUGCCGAUGACCGUGGAGAGAACGCCGCCGACGACUCUGGAGAAGAAGCCAUUGUAGGGCCAGAAGAGAUGGAGCGUGAUUUAGAUGAUGGCAGAAAACUUGACCAGCCAGAGGUCUUCUUCUUUGAUGUCAGUCGCACGCACAAGCGCGGCCACCAAAGUGCCAGCGAUGUUCGCGGUGAUUCGACGGAAAAAGCCGCCUCUGUCUCCGACGAAUCUGAAGGCAGAUCUACAGACGAGAUCAUCCUCUUCAAAGGCCGCGAGACAUCGACAAAAACAUCGCAAGAGAUUUCGGCAACUCCUUCGAUUAUGCUUGAUCCUAUGUACACAGAGAUAAUGGCUGUAGAAAGCGACAUCCAUCCACCAAGAGGUUCCAACCGAGGACGCCAGAGCGUCUCACAUGAGGCGAACCGCGGCCGCGAUCAACCUUUCCGUGAAAGGAGUGAUGAAGAUUCCCUCUUGGCGGAUUACAUCGCCAACUUGCGCGAAAAUGGGGAGAUUACAACGCUGCUUGGCUCUGAUUUUCGGAAUGUUCGAGACAUUGGUGGCCCGGACUUCCAUGCAAUAGACACGAGUGGAAACCCUGCAUCCUCCGUCACUCCAACUACGCAACUCAAGACGCAGAAUGGCGAUGAACAGUCCAGCGAGGUCGAAAGUGAAGCUGCACUAGACGACGAUGCUUUGGCGCAGUUGCUUGCUGGACAGCACUCAGACGACGCAUUGCUGGCCGAUCCUGCCAACAGCUCAUCGACCGAAUCCGAUAGCGAUGAUGGCAGCUGCAAGAAACAACAGUUGAUCGACUCUUUCGACGUCAUGGAUUGGGAGCGUCCAAGUCUACGGAGGAAGAAAGGAAAAGGCGCACGGGCGAGAAUCAACUUCGACCUAUCUGAUUCAGACUUGGAAGAGACUUUGCAGCUCGCUUUUAAACGCGACCGCCUUAAGAAAGCCGAGCGGAAACGGCAGCGAGAGGAGCUGCGAGCUCUGGGUAUGCUGGGCCCCAGUGGUCAUAAGCAGGAUGACUUGCGAGUCAAGUAUCCCAGUGGUAUGAGUAUUGAUCAAAUGGCCGAAGAGUUUCGAGGGUUUCUACUCCGCGGCGACUCGAGCUUAUCGCUCCCGCCAAUGGACAAUAAUGCGCGGAAGAUUGUGCAUGAGCUUGCCAGCAAGUUCAACAUAAAAUCAAAAUCGACUGGCAAAGCUAGUCAACGCCGACCGACAUUGUACAGGACCAACCGAACAUUAGAAUUCUCGGAGCCUGCGUUCAACAAGGCUGUCGGACGCAUCACACGACGCUAUCUUCCCCGUCUUGACACCCGAGGCAAACGCGCGAAGCAACCUGCGGCGUCGGGAGCCAGUAACGCGGCAGCAAGCUACUACGAGGGCGAAGUCAUAGGCGCCGCGGCACCAGAGUUGGGAGUGGAAAAUCGCGGUCGCGCAAUGCUCGAGAAGAUGGGAUGGAGCACAGGUACUGCACUCGGCACGCUCGAAAACAAGGGAAUUUUGCAGCCAGUAUCACAGACCAUGAAGAAGUCCAAGGCAGGUUUGGGGUAA